GUCGACGAAACUUUCCUGCUUUCUCAGGUUCAGUGCCAAAGCUAAGAAGUGUAUUUAAACCAAAAGUAAGCGAAAACUGAAAUUGGCCAAAAGGAGCGUGUAAAAAUUAUCGUGUAAUUCAAAAAAAUAUUUUCGUAACAUUGGCGCAUACAAAAUGAAUGUUGUUUCCUCUAGAGGUUUUUAUAACUUGUUUUGUUUUGUAUACCUCUCUGUGGGGUUUGUAAAUCCGGAGCGUAUUGAAAAUGGACAUAAACCAAUUAUUCAAACAAGUAACAGUUCGGAAGUUUUUGAAACACUUCAGUCACAGACGCUGACCUCAAGCUCCCCAGGAAAUUUGACAGAAGUUAUCUCUAUAAGUCCAACAGCAGGAUUGUUGAGGUCAACAAAAUCACCAAAAAUUUUAAUGAAGACCCCAGGACAUCUGGAGGAGAUUAUAGCUACUACUUCAACGGAAUCCGUUCCGGAGAUUUGGAUGGAGGCUGAAAAGGAAAGCAAAAAAUUGAUUGCCUCUCUUUACCGUGCCCUUCUUCCUAACCUCAUACGCACUAGUGGAAAAAUGGAAAUAUCCAGUCAAUGUAUGUCCAGUUUGCUGAAACUGGUGUUUGGAGUGAGAAAACUCAAAAGCUGGUCCCUGAGAAUGGUCGAUGCGAUGGCGAAGCCUCAAAGUGGAUUUCUAGAAGGGACUUUUAUGGCUUUAGGAGCUUACGACGAAUGUGUGAACAUAAAAGUUCUAAACAGAUACGGAGAUGAAGAAGAGUUUCGAGGAAAAUACUGUCUUAUUGAAGGAAAAGUUCAUCUUCCUAAGAAACCGAAAAGAGUUUCAGCUAAGACCAAAGCUCUAAACAGCUCUAUGUUUCAAAGUGACUGGCACUGGAAAACAAAGGAAUAUGGAUCAAUCUGGGGCAUCAGGAUCAUUCAGAAAGAGACCUGCAACAAGUCGCUCCCCAGCUGUGAUAAACAAAGUGCAGCAUCUUGUAAAAGAUGUGUUUUGGCUGCGUUUGGCCUUUUGAUUACCAUAGGGACAGGUCUGGACUUGUUCAGAACUUAUGGUGGAAAACAGAAAAAAAAUAGCUUCACGACGAAGAUCGAAAAUAAUGGCCAACUGAUUCGGUCGCUUGUAGCAUUUUCUCUCUACACCAAUGGCAAACAGCUAUUUGAUUUGAGUGAAAAGCCAGGAAACUUGUCAGCUUUAAACGGGAUUCGAUUCAUCACGAUAACAUGGGUUAUAUUGUGUCACACAUACGCCUGGGCCAUCUUGAUAACUUUUCGGAGCCUGAACGAUCUUAACAGUUCAACAGAAAAUGUGGCUUUUGAAGUGAUCUUGAAUGGCUGGGUGAGCGUUGAUACGUUCUUCUUCUUGAGUGGAGUCCUAGUGGCGUAUAUCACUUUAAAACAGCUGACGAAGUCCGGAGGAAAAAUGAAUUAUGGAUUGUACCUAUUCCACAGAUACUGGAGAUUGACUCCACCACUAAUGAUGGUCAUUUCUCUUCUGAUAUUGAUGGAAGGACUGGGAUCUGGUCCUCUCUGGGACAUGCAUGUACGAAGUGAAGCAGAACGUUGUAAAGCAUCCUGGUGGGCAAUUCUUCUGUAUAUCAGUAAUUGGAGGGACCAUAAAUACAGAUGCCUCCCACACUUGUGGUAUCUCUGUGUUGACAUGCAACUUCACCUUAUAUCCCUGCUGAUUUUGAUUCCUUUGUUCUGGAAACCACUUAUAGGAUUUCUGGUACUUUUCGUCUUCGUGCUUGGGUCCAGCAUUGCUGUGGGUGUGAUAACAUCAAUCAACAAUUACUUUCCCACCGUCUUACACCUAGCUCCCGACCCACAAUUUAAUGAAGAUAUAGUGAUGAAUGUUUAUUGGAAACCAUAUACACAUAUGGGUCCAUAUUGUGUUGGUAUCAUCGUAGGCUAUUUAAUCUUACAUCAUCGGAAUGUCGUUAUUAGACCGCUCCUACAGCUAAUUUUCUGGAUCAUAGCUAUAAUCUGUAGUGUUUCGACUUUGUACGGUGCGUACGAGUUCAAUAGGGGGAACCUCCCCCCACCUUGGGAAGCUGGCUUGUAUGCUUCUCUCUUCCACACUACUUGGGCUAUUGGGUUGGGCUGGAUGACAUUCGCCUGCACUUCUGGUAGAGGAGGUUUAAUCAACUCCUUCCUCUCGUGGAAAGUGUUUAUACCCCUGGGACGACUGACAUAUUCGGCUUACUUGUGUCACUUUGUCAUCUUCUGGAUAAGAAACGGACUCCAGCGAGAACGACGAAACUUCAGUCACUUUGACCAAGCGUUCGACUAUACGGGCUACCUUACUAUGAGUAUGCUCCUGUCUCUUUGUGUUUAUCUGGCGUUUGAAGCGCCCUUUGUCGCCCUUGAAAAAAUCAUUUUUGUCCAGCGGCGUCAGCAACAUCGGGAUUCGAAAACAGAGAAAGAUCCAGAAACACCCGGACUCACAUUCGGUCCUUAUCGGAAGAAAAACGAUAAAAAAGCAGAUAUAGUUUUAAAAGAAAUUAACCCUAAACACGAUUCCAGUGAAUGCCAUUUAAAUGGAAUUGGCAACAAUGGUUUCCUAAGGGAUGAAUAAAUUGAAAGACCCGGAUGCCAUACAUGAAAAAUGCAGUUUGUAUAAUAUAAUAUAUAUAAUACAAACGCAUUUCCUUAGUUAUUGUUUUAAUAUAAACUGACAAUGUAAAUGAAAUUUUCAUUAUUUUAGAGAAACAUCCUUCUUUGAUUUAUUAUGAAGUUAUCUUCACUUGCUUUGGGGGAAAAACAGAUAUAACUGAUACACUUAUAUCGUGAUCCUGUAAAUCUUUCUGAUCAUAUAUAAAUAUACAAUGGGAAAAUAUGUAAAUUCUAUGAUUAUCUGGACAUUAAAGAA